CCCAUUCUUCCUCACCCCUUCUCACAUUAAUUCUUCUCUUCUAUUCACAAUCCAAUAACAACAAUUGCCAUGGCUUUUUCACCCUCCUCCAAAACACUUCUCCUAGCAUGCUCCUUAUGCAUGUUUGUGUGUCUAGCUUUUGGACGCGAUUUUUCCAUUGUGGGCUAUUCAUCAGAGGACUUAAAGUCCAUGGAUAAGCUGAUUGAACUCUUUGAGUCAUGGAUGUCAAGACAUGGCAAAAUUUAUGAGAGCAUUGAGGAAAAGCUGCUCAGGUUUGAGAUUUUCAAGGAUAAUUUGAAGCACAUUGAUGAGACAAACAAGGUGGUCAGCAACUACUGGCUUGGGUUGAAUGAGUUUGCUGAUUUGAGCCACCAUGAGUUCAAGAAGCAGUACCUGGGGCUCAAGGUUGAUUUCUCUACUAGGAGAGAAUCAUCAGAGGAAUUCACUUACAGAGAUGUUGAUCUGCCAAAGUCAGUGGAUUGGAGAAAGAAAGGUGCUGUAACAAAUAUCAAGAAUCAAGGUUCAUGUGGUAGCUGCUGGGCAUUUUCCACUGUUGCAGCGGUUGAGGGAAUAAACCAAAUUGUGACAGGAAACUUGACAUCUUUGUCCGAGCAAGAGUUAAUUGACUGUGACAGAACUUACAACAGUGGCUGCAAUGGGGGUCUCAUGGACUAUGCAUUCUCCUUCAUUGUUGAAAAUGGUGGACUCCAUAAAGAGGACGAUUAUCCUUACAUUAUGGAGGAAGGAACUUGCGAGAUGAGCAAGGAAGAGAGCCAAGUUGUCACCAUUAGUGGGUAUCAUGAUGUGCCACAAAACAAUGAACAGAGCCUAUUGAAGGCACUUGCAAACCAACCCCUCAGUGUGGCCAUAGAAGCUUCAGGCAGAGAUUUCCAGUUUUAUAGUGGGGGUGUUUUUGAUGGGCACUGUGGAACUCAACUAGAUCAUGGUGUAGCAGCUGUUGGAUAUGGGACAUCAAAAGGCUUGGACUAUAUCACAGUGAAAAAUUCAUGGGGAACAAAGUGGGGAGAGAAAGGAUACAUAAGGUUUAGGAGAAACAAUGGAAAGCCUGAAGGGAUGUGUGGACUCUACAAGAUGGCUUCUUAUCCCACUAAGAAGAAAUAAGACUCUAUUGCUAUAUUGUGUGUGAAUUUCUUUCAUUUUCCCAUUUCUACCAAUUCUCCAUUGAAUACCGUGAUCAUAUUUUCCUUUCAAGCAAUGUAAUGUUGUUUUCCAUGUAAUAACAUUCAGUAAUUUGAAUUUGAUGUACCCAAACAAAUAUAUACCUCUAGUCAUUUGCAAUUUUCAAUCUUA